AUGGAGAACAGGAACGUGCGGAUCCUCGUAGAGGGAGGUCAGCUCGGCACGCUGGUUGGCAAGAUCGGCGCCAAUUUGUCAGAAGCAGUCGGGAGCCCGGCUCAGGAACCACAGGACAGGAUGCUCCACAGACACUGCGGUAGCCCCAGGCUGGUCGCUCUGUCGCGGGAGAGAGCGGACGAGGAGGCGGACGCCCGGAACGGCGAUAUCAGCCUGGGAGGAGUCCCCUCCGCUGCGGGGAAAGCUCACUCAGAACUCCGCAACAAGGAGCACAGCAGCUCCGACACGGAGUCCGAUUUCUACGAGGAAAUUGAUGUCAGCUGCACGCCAGACAGCAUGGAGUACCCCAACGGGAAGGGCCGCGGUGGUGACUCUCCGGGCCGCGGUGGUGACUCGCCGGGCCGCGGCGGUGAAAUCGGGCCGGACUCGGGGAAGAUGAGCGCGAUGCAAGCUUCGCUGUCCUACGGCGCGGACCAGAUGCGCCGGUACCGGACGGCUUUCACGCGGGAACAAAUCGCCCGGUUGGAGAAAGAGUUCUACCGGGAGAACUACGUCUCCAGGCCCCGGAGAUGCGAGCUUGCGGCCGCUCUAAAUCUACCGGAAACAACAAUAAAGGUGUGGUUCCAGAACCGGCGGAUGAAGGACAAGCGGCAGCGCCUGGCUCUGACGUGGCCGCACCCCGCUGACCCCGCCUUCUACAGCUACAUGAUGAGCCACGCAGCCGCGGCGGGAAGCCUGCCCUACCCCUUCCCCUCGCACCUGCCCCUGCCCUACUACCCCCCGCUGGGCCUGGGGGGCGCCUCUGCCCCCGCCCCGCCCUUCAGUGCCCCCCUCCGGCCCCUCGACACCUUCCGGGUGCUGUCCCACCCCUACCCCCGGCCUGAGCUGCUCUGCGCAUUCCGCCCCUCGCUCUACCCGUCUGCGCCCCACGGGCCCUGCUCCUGCCUGGCCUGCCAGGGGGGCUCUGCGCACCGCGCCCCCCCCUCCGACUUCAGCGGGCCCCCCUCCAGCAGGACUGACGCCUUCCUGACCUUUGCGCCCGCAGCCGGGCUCAGCAAGCCCCCCGCCGUCUCCCUCGACCAGCGAGAGGAAGUGCCGCUAACCAGAUAA